CCCCCCCCUCGCUCCUGUCUGUCUUCGGCUCCCCUGCUCCUGCCGCUCAUCCUCGUCUCUUGUCUGCCUUUCUCCCUUCGCAGUCGCCCCUCCCCCCUCCCCCUGAGUGUGCGCCGACAUGUUCCCCAGCUCCCUGCGGAUCGUCCUCCUCGGUGACACCGGGACCGGGAAGUCCGCCCUCUCAUGGGCCGUCGUCAACAAUGAGUUCGCCGAGUCGGUUGAGGAUGUUUGCCCGGAGUUUGUCUUCACCCCGCAGAUCACCAACAAUGUGGUCACCUACCUGGUGGACACAAACGCCAAUGACAUGGCGGCCAUCGAGAGCCAGCUUCGCGCGGCUAGCGUGGCGUGCGUCCUUUUCAGCCCGGAUGUGCCGGAGAGUCUGGCCAAUGCCCGGAACCGGUGGAUCCCGCUGGCCACCAGCUACGACCUGCCGGUGAUCCUGGUCUGCGCCAAGAUGGACCUGCUGGACAGCUCGGUCGACUACGAGACCGAGGUGCUGGAGAUCAUGGAGAAGUUUUCGCUGAUCGAGUCGUCGGUCACCUGCUCGGCGCUGAAUCUCUUCAAUGUCAGCUCGGUCUUCGAGCAUGCCACCCGGUCGGUCAUCUACCCGCUGUCGCCGUUGUACAAUGUCUACACUCGGGAGUUUAAGCCCAAGGCGCGGCAGGCCCUGAUUUCCAUGUUCCGCCUGUCGGACCUGGACAACGAUGGGUACCUCAAUCGCAAUGAGCUGGCCGAGCUCCAGCGCCGGUGCUACGACCAGCUGCUCGGGCCGAAUGUCUUCCUCCAGACCCUGUGGACCAUUGGCCAUGUGUCCAAUAUGGAGCGUCUGUCGUUGCCGGAUUUGUUGGACAAGUUCAACCUCCUGUGCCAGGGGUCCCGCCAUGAUCUGGUGUGGAUGGCCCUCAAUGGGUUUGGCUUCGACCAUUCGUUCAACUUCUCGCCGGAGUACUUGCGGCCCUUCUUCCCCCUGUCGCAGGGGUGCUCCUACGAGUUCAGCCGCGACUCGCUGGUCAUCCUGCUCCGGCUGUUCAACCGGUUUUCCCGCACCCAGGAGGGGUAUCUGACGCCGGAGGAGCUGCUCCAGCUGUUUGAGACGGCCCCGCGGCCGAUUUUCCAAGACUUCCUGCUGCCCUCCACGGUCAACACCAAUGAGAAGGGCUGGCUGUCGGUGUAUGGCUGGCUGGCCUACUGGUCUGCCCUGUUGGCUGUGGACCUGGAGGCUGCCUGCAACUACCUGGCCUACUUGGGGAUUCCCCCCUCGCACAAGCGGGUCUUCCAGCAGACUCGCUCGCGUCAGGACGAUGCCAGCAUCGGCCGCAACGAUCGGAAUGUCCUCCUGGCCUAUGUGCUGGCCUCGUCGGACACCAUCUCGCAGCCGCUGUUCCGCGCGCACCUCGGCCUGCCCAUGCACUCGGACGCCUAUAUUUCCACCUCGGCGGCGCCCUUCUCCGCCGGUAGCCGCGAGCUGACCCCCUCGCCGGAGCCCCUCAACAACAAGGUCCUGGCCUUGCACUAUUUGGAGCGGCCGGCCGAGGGGGGCCGCCAGCACCCGCUCGAGGGCCUGACCCCCGAGCAGCUGGCCCACCUGGACAACACCGGUGACGCCUUCAUCCUCUGCUAUGACACGCAUGAUCGCGAGUCCUUCGAGUACCUGGCCAGCGCCCUGCCCACUCUCGGCGACCAGGCCUACAUCGUGCUGGUCGGCGUGAAUCUGGCCCCGCAGCCGGCCACCGGGCCAUGCCCCUUCGAGGCCCGGGUGCGUGAGGUGGUCCGCCGCUUCCGCCUGGCCAGCCCGCUGAUCCUGGACUCCACGUCGGCCUUCGACCCGUCCAUCAUCUUCCGGACCCUGAUCCCGGGCAUUCAGAAUCCCCGCCGGGGAGGCCGUCCGGCCGGGUCCCUGGCAGCCGUGGCCUCGGCCACCACCGGCGGCGUGCUCAGCCUCUUCGCUGGCCGGCCCGGGCUGACGCGCCUUGCCCAGCGCGUGUCGCUGCUGACCAUCGGGUCUGGCCUGCUCGGUGUCUUCGGUUACAUUUUCUACAAGGGGGCCCAGCUGUCGUACAUGCUCUUCACUCGCUACGGCGGUCGCGAGCUGCUGCCCAUGGUGCAGUCGCUCUUUUCCUCAUCCAGCGGUCGUGCGCUCGACGGGCCGACCAUGCGCUUCUAAAGCAAAAUGUGCCGGCUGGGGGAGAGUGUGAGGGGCCGCCGACCGGCGCGCAGGCAGUUGGCCGCGUCUUCGGCCGCGCGUGCGUGCCUGCGUGCGUGCGCGCCCCUCCCCCUCAAAAAAAAAGGCGAUGUGGGGGAAGGGGGCCGGCCAGAGAGAUGGGGGAGGACGCGCGCGUCCCAGAUGCGAGCGUGGGUCAUCGGCGCGAGGCGGGCGGUGAUGGGCAGAUGCGCCCUCCACGCGCUUUUGCCACCCGACGCCGGCAGACGCGCACAUAUGUGCACGCGCGAGAGGCCCAAAGGGGAUGAUAUGCCGGACCCACAAGGAAAAGAAGGGCUGGAGAGUCGCAGCUCGGCGAGCAGCAUUCUCCCCCUUCCACACCCGCCCCCCCUCCCCGGCCACGCGCGCCCCAGUCAAUUCGCCCGUGGCCAGGCGAAGGCACCCCCUUUCUCCUCUACCACCCUCCCCCUUCUCUCUUCCCCUGUCCUGCGCUGCUAUCCGCGCUUCUUCUGUUCCCUUCUCUCCACUCCCCUGCCUCCCCCACCCCCUCCCAUGUGCGGUCCGGCCUCCGCGCCUCCCCCCCACCCCCUCCUGUCCUUGCUGAAAACCCUACACACACAUACUCUGUACAUUAUUUCAUAUCCCUCUCCCCUGCGCGUGUGCCGCCCGUGUGCCUGUCACGCGCUCUGCGCGCGCGCCCCCCCCUCGACCAAGAGGAAAAGCGCGUGCCGUGUGUCCCGCACGCACGCACACACACGCACUGUUGUUUCCUUUCUCUCCUCCUCCUGUGCGAGGGAGAAAAUACACCCCCCUUCCCCC